CGCCCCGCCCCUCGGGAGUAGGGCCGCGCGGCCCGCUGGUCCCGCCCCUCCUCUGAGUGACAGCACCGUGGACAGCAACCGCCGCCGCCGGACGCCAACUUUGUCCGCCCCGGGCGCCUCGGCUGAGCUGAGUAAGAAAAAGCAACCAAGAGCAUUGUUAUUGGUAUCUGGAAUUGAAUUUGCCAGGAAUGCAAGCACAGCUUCCUCAGUAAAGAUCUCGCCUUUGGAAACAUCUUACCCCUUGGCAGCUCUCCAGAGUUCAGACUUGGCAGCAUCAAGGACACAGCACAAGAUUACAUGUCCAAAAUGUGUUGAUAGGAAGGCUCAUGUACUUCCAUGAUCCAGGUGCAGCAAUGGGAAGAGAGUGGCUAAUUAUGCACUGGCAUGUAGAGUUUUAUUGGUCAAAACAAAUUUCAAAAUGAGGACUGUGAAAUGCAAUAUCAUCUCUACCCAGAGGGAAAGAAAAAUUGGAAGAUAUGAAGAUCUUAAAGUUCCCUACUUACUGCAUCCAGAACAAAGUCAAGGAUCUCAAGCCAGUGCACAGUGCUCCUUCUCAGAACUCCUCUACUUGUCUCUUUCUACCUGAGUGGCUGCUUCCAGGUGAUCUGAAACAAUAGGUCCAGCAGGCAUUUUGGAGAUCAAAGAUGGGUAGAAAAGAUGCCUCCACUAUAAAACUUCCUGUUGAUCAGUACAGAAAGCAAAUUGGUAAACAAGAUUAUAAAAAAACCAAACCUAUUUUACGAGCAACCAAAUUAAAAGCAGAAGCAAAGAAAACAGCAAUAGGCAUAAAGAAUUUGCUAUUACGAUCACGAAACACUGCCUUCUUUUUACUCCUGAUUGCUGAUUUUGAUCAAGCAUUGCCGUGUGAUACGAGUGAAGAUUACAGAGAGUUUUUUGAAGGGCAAGGAGCAGUUGAAAAGCAGCAGUUAGAGGAAGUUGGCCUCGUACUUGCAGCUAUAUUGGCCCUCCUACUGGCUUUCUAUGCUUUCUUUUAUCUCAGACUGUCCACAGAUGUUGACCCUGAUCUGGAACGAGAUGAAGAUUAGCUGAACAGCAAUCAAUGCAUUAAAGGGAAAUAAUUUUAUAAAAGUACCCCUUGGGACCAAUACUUUUUCUAAAGUACUGAAACUGGAACAUCUUGAAUUCUUUCUGCUGGUAUUUUCAGUUUUCAGAAACAUCUUUUUAAAUAGUUGCAUAGGAUAUCAAGAAAAGAACCUUACCUAGCAACGUAGUAUAAUGUAUGCUACUGGAUACUUUUAUAAAUCUUUCUACUUUGACAGGCAACCUAUUCAUGGUGCGUUUAGAUUAAAUGGAAAACAGAUCCUAAAUUCUUCGGAUGUCUCAGCCAAUUUAUGUGUAUAACUCCAUCACUUACAGAUUACUAAAUCUAUUUUUGUCCCAUAUACAUCAUAAGUAAAAGUAUAUAUCCUCAUUUACAGAAACAUUCUCAAAUCACAUUCAGAACCUAAGAAGGAAUGAAAAGUCAUGGGAAAUUUUUCAUUUUACAAAGAAGCCCUGCUUUCUUUCCAGACAUAUUUUAUAUCAUUAGAGAGACUAUCUGCCAUACAUCUACAGUAAUCUUUUUCCUUCUUUGCCAACUGUUCAGUGCACAUGUGCUCCAUCAGAAAUGGCACCUGGAUGACAGAAGCUCAAAGAGUCACAUAUGUCUGUAAAAUAGAGUUCCUUUCCUCUUGGGCUGUCUGAACUGGUGUAAAUAGAAAGUUCAGUUGAUCUUGAUUUUAAUUAACUUAUUAUUGUAUUAGUAUAAACUUGGAAUUCUAUUUUAAUUACGUUGUUCUGGCUGCUUGCAGUAUCAGUUUGCCCCUCUUGUUAGGGAGAUAUGUAACAAUCUGUCAUUAAGUUGUGCAGUUCUGUUUUGAUUUUUUUCUCCUUCCCACACAACAGUAACAGAAGUCCUACCUAUUCAGAAUCAUUUUCUUGGAUUGUCUCUUAAAUCUAAACAAUACAAAGUUGGUUUACAAAAUUACGCUUUGUCUCUUGAGAGUUAAUCAAUUAGAACUGUUUCGUGGAAAAUAAAUAAUACAAGAAGAUAAUAUGUCUUCUAUUACUCACAUAUGUGAUUUCUUGUUUACAUGAAUUUUCAAGGUACUUUGCAUUUGUUGGAGUAUAACAAUCAAUAUAGUCAAUAUUUUUAUGGGUAAUGGAUUUUUUUAAAAGGUAUUUUUAGAACACACAAAUACGUAAAGCUUUGAAAAUGGGAAAAUCUGUGUCCACAGCAGACUUGUUAGCUACUGCCUUAUAUAAAGAUGUAUAAAAGAUUAAUAGUUUAAAACAUGCGCAACAAAGUGUUUUAUAUCAUAGAUACUGUACUUAUGAAGAGCAAAUAAAAUGUUAAGAUUAUUUCCAUAUUUGCCAAGAGAAGAAAGCUUUGAUGAAUACCCUCGAUAUUCUUUGAGACUUUUGCAAAUAGUUGAAUAGGACUGUGUAGCAUUAUUUUCUGUAGAAUUUUUUCAAAUAGCAUAAUUUAUUUCAUCAAUGUGAAAACAGCCCAAAGUUCCAGUAUCCUCACAGAUCAUUUAUGCCAAACAUCUGAGGGCAAAAUUUAGCCAGUGUUAUUUACUGGAUCCUACCCCUUGAAAUCACAAACACAUGAGACAGACCAAGAGUUCUUAUACACUCACCACAGCAGACCAAUCCAAGUGGCAUUUUUAGGAAAGGUUGCAGCAUUUAAUGCCAUGUGGUAUGUCUGUUCGAGAAGUGGGUGGAAAGGGAAUAUCCAAGCUGGCAUUUUGGAUAUGAUGGGCCUUUUCCUUUCCUGAGUGACAUGCCACAUGUCAAGAAAUACUGCUUUUCCCCCACUCCUAUCACAUUUACGUGAACAAUUUUCAUUUAGUUACUUUACCUCCCAUAUGGUGUUAAAAAGUCAGAUUCAAUAGAGAUUAUUUCUAAUUUCAGUAGUAAUUUAAAUGAGAAGAUAUGUAAUAAUUGUUUAUUAGAUACCUAUCCAAGUGAAAUAUAACCAAAUUUACAGUAUUUAAAAUAGGUGAAUAUGCUCUUGGCGAUAUCUGAAAAUUCAUUACCCUGAAAAAAAAAUUUACUCUUCCCUUCUGUUCUUGAGGUAUUCUCUUGAGGGAAAAAGGUUGUUUCUGAUAGUAAUAAAUAUUGAUCUAUACAUAGUAUAAUUAUAGGCUAGUUUGAUUACCUCAUUUUACCGACACCCUGAGUCUCUGGCUAGUUCAUUUGUGCAGUUGACUUAUGAUGGCUCCAGAGAACCGUUAAAUCCGUUAAGUCCCACUCUGAUUUUAACAAAUAGCAGGUAAACUGAGACAAUAUAUGUUUAUACAACACUGUUUUCAUGAAAUGCAAAUUUUUCAAACUCACAUUAACUGGGAAGCAACCUGUAGAGAAAUUCCAGCUUGAAAUCAGGUUUGAAUCUUUGAAGAUGGAGAGGUGAUGUCCGGCCUGCAUUUUCAGGGGACCACACUUCUGAAUAGUGACUGAUGUCUGACAAAAAUCUAAGACUGGCAUCAGACACAUAUUUUAGGUGUGGGUUUUUCUCCUCCAGCAAUUCACUGCUCAGAGUGAUUCAGAAGACAAAAAACAGAAAAAUUAUAAGGACUUUUCAGAAUGUUAGAAUCUAUUUGUUAACAUGCUCUGCAGGAUCAAUUUCAGCUAAUGCAGCAGAGUUUACAUACAGCCUGUGGGGUACUGUGAAUGGAGCUAGAAGAGUUACUGGUUCUUACUCUGCGUGCAAAAUAAACAUCUAUAGAUUCACCUGAGAAGAGAUACUGUAAAAAAUAUAACCUCAUCCAGGAUUUCUUUUAAAGCAAAUGAACAAAAAGCCUAUCAUUGUACCCAUGGAGAGUUUGUUUUCAGGUGGCACAUACUUGAAGAUUUUCCGUCUUUUCAAUUUUUCUGAAAUACUUCUACCCCAACCAAUGAUUGCAAGAUCCUGAAAAUAUGUUCUUAUUCAUUUCUGUAAUUCCAGUAGCAUAGUGAUCUGCACAUAUUGAAUAAAUGCAUGUCAAAAUUUAAGUUAAUUUCUUUUAGUCCUCUCAGAAUCUGGUACAGUUGCUGCAUGUAACAGAUAAUCAAAAAUUAUUUGCAUUUAAUAAAUAAAACUUAGAAAUCACUAUAUUAAUCAA